AUGGUGGUUCCGGCAAUAACCGACGUGACAAUGUCUGCGCUUUGUCCAGGAAAAGAUAAAUGCUCAUUGGCCAUAUAUCUCACCGGAGCUCAACAAGCGAUAAUUGGACUGGGGUCAUUGGUGGUGAUGCCAUUGGUAGGAAAUCUUUCAGAUACGUAUGGAAGAAAAGUGAUGCUCACCGUUCCUAUGACUUUUGGGGUACUUCCUUUAGUGAUAUUGGCUUACGGCAGGACCAAGUAUUUCUUCUACGCUUAUUAUUUGCUCAAAACAGUCAUUGCCAUGGUCACUGAAGGAAGUGUUCAGUUUCUUGCCUUUGCAUAUGUGGCUGAUAAUGUUCCAGAAAGCAGAAGGGUUUCUGUAUUUGGAAUAAUGUCUGGCAUUGCAUCUGCCUCUUUCGUCUUUGGGAAUUUCUCUACUCGAUUCCUCUCUACUUCUGCUACUUUUCAAGUUGCUGCAUCAAUGGCAGUGGUAUCACUGGUGUACAUGAGAGUAUUCCUUCCCGAGUCAAUGAUGAACAACAGCGUUUGUGCAAAGAACACAGAGCAUACUUGUCUUUUGGAAAAAGCACCUACGAAAAAGUGGCAACUAUUCAAGAAUCUGCCUUCAGUGGAUGAUACCAUUUGCUUGCUAAGGACUAGCUCCACAUUUUCUAAAGCAGCUGCCGUUGCAUUCUUCGUCACAGUUGCUGAUGUUGGCCUUUACGCUUCUUUAAAUUACUACUUGAAGGCUCAAUUUCACUUCAACAAAGAUGAAUUUGCCGAUCUGAUGAUAAUUGCUGGGAUAGCAGGGUCAAUAUCACAGUUGAUUAUUAUGCCCAUAUUAACUCCUCUAAUGGGAGAAGAGAAGAUGCUGUCAAUAGGGCUCUUUUUCAGCUGUGCUCAUAUGGUUCUUUACAGUGUGGCCUGGGCACCCUGGGUUCCUUAUGCUGCAGCCAUGAUCUCUAUUGUGGCUACUUUUGCUAUGCCAUGUUUAAGGAGCAUUGCUUCCAAACAAAUUGGACCCGAUGAACAGGGAAAGGCUCAAGGGUGCAUUACAGGCAUAUGUUCCUUUGCCAAUAUUGUUUCUCCACUUGCUUUCAGCCCUUUAACAGCUUUGUUCCUAUCAGAUAGUGCACCAUUCCAUUUUCCAGGAUUCAGUCUUAUGUGCUCCGGCUUUGCUGCAAUGAUAGCAUUCAUUCAAAGCAUCACGAUAAAGGCAGCUCCUCCUCCUACGAGUUGCACCAUUGCCCAUACCAACACUUUGGAGCCUUAG